AUGCAUCAUCUCCCGUGGUACGCGUUUGUCGUGCCGCUGCUGGUGCCCGCGGCCGCUCAAGGCUUCAACGGUGGCCAACAACGAUUGACGGACACGGGCGACAAGGAAGCUUGUCCCAACUACGCCAACUAUGCUACAUUUCCUCACCCCCCUCUGAGCGAAGGGCCCCUCAAACUUCCCUUCCAGCGGCCGAAUCCCGACUGCAGGACCUUCCAGUCAGACGCUAUCGAGCAGGUCAUCAACGACAUCACCUCGCGGAUGAAGGACCCCGAUCUCGCCAGGCUGUUCGAAAAUGCAUUCCCCUCUACUACCGAUACGACGGUUAAGUUCCACACGGACGGGAAAGACGAGAAGAUCAAACAGAAGCUGCGCCGCCGGAGGGAAGAGAACGCUUGGGUGGACGAUGGCGAGUGGGAAGGGCCCCAGUCCUUCAUCAUCACCGGAGAUAUUCUGGCUGAGUGGCUCCGGGACAGCGCCAACCAGCUGAAGCCAUACCAGGCCCUGGCAAAGAAGGACCCGGCCAUAUUCAACCUGAUCCUGGGCGCCAUCAACACGCAAAGCGAAUACGUGAUCCAGUCGCCCUACUGCAACGCGUUCCAGCCGCCCCCCAUCUCGGGGCUGCCGGUGAGCUACAACGGUCAGGACGACGCCGUCCAUCCCAUCUACGAGCCCAGCUUCGUCUUCGAAUGCAAGUACGAGCUCGACUCGCUCGCCCACUUUCUCGCCCUGGGCAACGAGUUCCACCGCCACACGGGCAGCCGGGCCUUUCUCAACUCCCGCUGGUACAAGGCCGUCAACACUAUCCUCUCGGUUCUCAGCGCCCAGAGCGAGAGCACUUUUGACCCGGAGACGGGUAGCUACCAGCACAACAUGUACACCUUCCAGCGGAACACCAACACGGGCACCGAAACCCUCAGCCUCAAGGGCAUCGGCAACCCGCUGAACAACGGCACCGGCCUGGUCCGCUCGGCCUUCCGCCCCAGCGACGACGCGACCAUCUUCGGCUUCUUCAUACCGGCCAACGCGCAGAUGGCCGUCGAGCUGGGGCGCACGGCCGCCAUCCUCCGAGGCUCGGCCGCCGACGCGAAGCUGGCCGAGACGCUCGAGGACUGGAGCAAGCGCAUCACGGAGGGCAUCUGGGAGCACGGCGUUGUCAGCCACCGCAAGUACGGCGACGUGUUCGCGUACGAGGUCGACGGCUACGGCAGCGCCCUGCUCAUGGACGACGCCAACUACCCGAGCCUGCUGGCCCUGCCGCUGAUGGGGUUCGUGAGCGCCGACGACCCGGUCUACCGGAACACGAGGCGCAUGCUGCUGGAGAAGACGGGGAACCCGUACUUCUUGACAGGGAAGGAGUUUCGCGGUAUUGGCGGGCCCCAUAUUGGCCUGUCAAACGCGUGGCCCAUGAGCCUUCUCGUGCAGGCGCAGACGUCGAACGACGAUGAAGAGAUCAUGGGAUGCCUGCAGCUGGUGCUCGAGUCGAGCAAGCUGGGGUUGAUUCAUGAGAGCGUCAACGUGAACUUAGCUCAGUCGUACACACGGAGCUGGUUUGCCUGGGCGAACGGAGUGUUUGCCGAGACCAUAUUGAAUUUGGCCAAGCGAAAACCUCACCUAAUAUUUGAGGAUGCGAGAUUGUUUGAGUUAUAGUCGAGUUCCAUAAUACAGUUCUUUUUGCAGUCUCUUUUCCUCUCGUUGGACUUCAAGGUCCGUAUGUCCGUUACUAGUCUGCUAAGGACGCAGUCAAUAUGUCAGCGGCCAGCUCCGGCUGUAUUUUUCCUUUUUUUUCUUUCACUUUUUUGGCAGGGGGGUUCUCGGUCAUUUGUUGUGGCGUGGCGCGUGGGACUUCUUCACAGCGGUUGAUUGCAGUUAACGGUUGCUGUUACAGGAUUUGACUGUCUGUGGGUCAGAUCUGACUGACCCACUAAUAGGGACGACGAGCCAGGGUCAACAUGUAUUUAGACAGCUUCUCUAAGUGCCUCUGGCACUUAGAAGAAUCAACGCUUUCAUCACCU